CAAGACAGUGAGGCAUACUGGACAAAAUUCAACCUCCGGAACCCGAUUUCUAGGACCAUGAGCAGCUCCGAGCAGCGGGAUGGAGCAGCAGCGCCGGUGUCAGAAGCGGAGGCGUCUCCGGAACCAACGCAGCUGCCAACGGUUGCGGAAGAACCCGCUGAAAUUGGGGCUUCCACGAGCACGUGUUCGGACGCGGCCACCUCCACAGUGGCCAGCAGCGGCAGCCAGAGAGUCCUGGCCACGCCGGUAAAAUCGAGCCCUUCUCUGGCCGAGUUCCAAGAGCACCUGUCUUUGUUGCGGGAGGGUCUCGUGGCCACAGAGAAUAACCUGGACUCUGUGCCACCCGAGGAGUACAGGGAGCUCAAGACGGCACUUCUCCAGGUGAGCAAGAUGAUAUCUCAGAUGGAAGCGGUGGCCGAAACUCUCGGCGAGAAGAGACACAACCUGAGGAACGAGCUGCGGACGCUGCAGGACGAGAACGCCAACCUCCAAGGGGCACUGGUUUACGAGCGACGCAAAUCCCAGAGCCGGGGUCGUGGCGGCCCUCUCUGCACGGAGGGAGAGGCAUACCGAUUCCGCCUCCUCUUCCUUCUCUACCUCCACCCCCUCUGCUUCCCCGGCGCGACAGUGCCACACUGUACAGCCCAAUGAGGUCGUUUUUUUGUCCACCAUUGCUUACAAGGUUCCGAGCAAUAAACGAUAGCGAUUCCUCCCUGGUGGACUUGAUGAACGAAAGCAUGGCGGGCAGCGCUUCCUCCAGCAGAUUAAUCGCCAGCGCGGGAAGUGGUCCCGGUCCCUCUGCGACUGCCAGAAGAGGGCGUGCGUCUACCCGAAAUUGGCGUGGUGGAAGCAACGUCACUGGUACAAUGACAGGCUUGAAUAGGCGAACGGGCAACGCCUCAAGAAGGGGUCGCGGAUCCACGAAGAGGUCGAGAGUACGCCGGCCUCCGAGAACAUCGACGACCAGCGGCGAAAAUAGCGACGGCUCGAGUAGGCCUGCCGUAGCCACACUGAACAGCGCACUCACGGAGGCCGAUUCAGGAUUGGCCCAGGAUUCAACGCCUUCUGAAACUCCAACAUCGGUACAGCAGCAACCCCCAACUGAUUCGAACAGCGCAAGCAUGCAGAACUGAUGUCAGAGUUUCGGACCAGGCGAGAAAUUCACGAGAACGAUUGCGUUUUUUUUUACCCCACAUGAACACG